AUGAUGUCCGGCAACUACUCAUCCCUCGACAAUCAAAACGACUCCGGAUAUGUGCCGACCGUCGCCGAUCGGCCUUCCCACGUUGCUGUAAAGUUUACCGAUUACAGUCUGCAGACUUUUGCGCCGGCCGGAGCUCACGGGAAGAUAUCUGAUGCCUCGGGACCCCCUCGUGAUGCUGAUGACACAUUUUUAGCAAACCUGUAUCUGGUUCUGAUGAGCCCCAGCAGAAUGGAUCAGAGAUUCACUCUUUCCUUUCAGAGGAAGCUUCUCCGAGAAGACUGCAAGCAACCCAGAUUUUGUUUGUCGGUUAUUCCUCAGGAGAUUUUCCGGUGGGUCAUUGCCGGUGUAGCUGGUUUCAUGUUCGCCUCGUUUGUGGCCCUAAACCUCAGAAAUCACAUCAAGUCUGCCGGAGAAAGUUGGUUCCUUAUCGUGGCUGCUAUCUUCUUCUUGCAACUUGCUCUUGCUUUGGCCCUUAAAUUCUAUUUGUUCACCGUGCCCGUGUAA